UCACGCCGCCGGCCGGCGCUGAUUGGCCCGCGCUGCUGCUGGACGGACAAAUUGUGUAAAGUGUGCGGUUUAAAGGAGUUGGUUUGCGUCCGUCUCCCGCAACGGAUCGGCAUCAGCCCUGACGACCGGGAGGGGGGAGAAGAAAAAAAGAGGAGAGAGAAAAGAAGACGAAGCAAGAAAGAAAGAAAGAAAGAAAGAAAGCAAAGCAGAAGCGAGUGAGAGAUGCAGAGCUGCGCCAGGUCCUGGGGGCUCCUGCUGGGGCCGGGGCUGGCCGGGUCGGGGGCGCAUCUGCGGGGCUGCAGCAGCCGCGUGGCGGGCUGGAGACUGCCCGGCUCCCGGCUCCGGCUCCGGCACGGAUCCCUGGCGUCCCUGGCAACGGCCGCCCGGGGGCUCCGCACCUCCGCGGCCGCCGCGUCCCGCCGCAUAGACGGCAUCCUGCCCCGGCACGACGACUUCGCGGAGCGGCACAUCGGCCCAGGUGAGCGGGAGAAGAGGGACAUGCUGGAUGUCCUGGGACUCGAGUCAAUCGACCAGCUCAUCGAAAACACCGUCCCUGCCUCCAUCCGCGUCCGGCGCAGCCUGAAGAUGGAUGACCCCAUCUGUGAAAAUGAGAUUCUGGAGGGUCUGCAGAAGAUUGCGUCAGAGAACAAAGUUUGGAGGUCUUACAUCGGGAUGGGCUACUACAACUGCUCUGUGCCGCCACCUAUUCAACGCAAUCUCCUGGAGAAUGCAGGCUGGGUGACUCAGUACACGCCUUACCAGCCGGAGGUCUCUCAGGGUCGCCUGGAGUCUCUUCUCAACUACCAGACCAUGAUCUGUGACAUCACAGGCAUGCCUGUGGCCAACGCCUCCCUGCUUGAUGAAGGGACGGCGGCUGCCGAGGCCAUGCAGCUCUGCCACAGACAGAACAAAAGACGGAUCUUCUACAUUGAUCCGCGCUGCCAUCCUCAGACCAUUGCUGUAGUGCAGACCAGAGCUAACUACAUCGGAGUAAAAACGAUACUCAAGCUGCCCCAUGAGAUGGAUUUUAGUGGGAAGGAUGUGAGCGGGGUGCUCUUUCAGUACCCGGACACGGAUGGGAGGGUGGAAGACUUCACUGCACUCGUGGACCGGGCGCACAAAGGCGGGACCCUGGCUUGCUGUGCCACCGACCUGCUGGCCCUCUGCGCGCUGCGUCCCCCCGGAGAGUUCGGCGUUGACAUUGCUUUGGGCAGCUCCCAGAGGUUCGGGGUUCCCCUCUGCUACGGCGGCCCGCAUGCCGCCUUUUUCGCAGUCAAAGACAAUCUGGUCCGGAUGAUGCCCGGCAGAAUGGUCGGAGUAACCAGGGAUGCAGCUGGUAAGGAAGUGUAUCGUCUCGCACUGCAGACCAGAGAACAGCACAUCCGCAGGGACAAGGCAACCAGCAACAUUUGCACCGCACAGGCUCUGCUGGCCAAUAUGGCUGCCAUGUACGCGCUGUAUCACGGUCCCCAGGGACUCCAACACAUCGCCGAGAGGACGCACAAUGCUGCUUUAAUUCUUGCUGAAGGUCUGAAGAGGGCGGGACAUCGGCUACACAGCGACUUGUUUUUUGACACUCUGAAAGUGAAUUGUGGCGUCGCUGCCAAAGACGUCUUGGAGAGAGCCGUGCAAAGGCAGAUAAACCUGCGAGUCUACACUGAGGGCGUGGUGGGCGUCUCUCUGGACGAGACGGUGACUGAGAGGGACCUGGACGACCUGCUCUGGGUCUUUGGCUGUGAAUCGUCAGCUGAACUGAUUGCUGAGAAGAUGGGCGAGCGCGUGAAGGGUAUCAUGGGAAGUCCUUUCAAGAGGACAAGCAAGUUCCUCGCACACCAGAUCUUCAACAGUUACCACUCUGAGACCAACAUCGUGCGGUACAUGAAGCGUCUGGAGAACAAGGACAUCUCCCUGGUGCACAGCAUGAUCCCGCUGGGCUCCUGCACCAUGAAGCUUAACAGUUCAUCAGAGCUCAUGCCCAUCACCUGGAGGGAGUUUGCCAACAUCCACCCGUUCGUGCCUCUGGAUCAGGCGCAGGGCUAUCAGAGGCUUUUCAGGCAGCUGGAGAGGGAUCUCUGCGAGAUCACGGGCUAUGACAACAUUUCCUUCCAGCCAAACAGUGGCGCUCAGGGAGAAUAUGCUGGCCUGGCUGCUAUAAAAGCUUACCUGAACUCAAAAGGAGAAAGCUCCAGAAGUGUCUGUCUGAUCCCCAAAUCGGCCCACGGCACCAACCCGGCCAGCGCUCAGAUGGCCGGCAUGAAGGUCCAGGUGGUGGAGGUGGACAAGGACGGAAACAUCGACAUGGCACACCUGAAAGCUCUGGUGGACAAGCACAAGGCGAGCUUGGCAGCCAUGAUGAUCACCUACCCCUCCACCUUUGGCGUGUUUGAGGAGAAUAUCGGAGACGUUUGUGAUCUCAUUCACCAGAACGGCGGCCAGGUGUAUCUGGAUGGAGCCAACAUGAACGCUCAGGUGGGUCUGUGUCGUCCGGGAGAUUACGGCUCUGACGUGUCUCAUCUGAACCUGCACAAGACCUUCUGCAUCCCCCACGGCGGCGGAGGACCCGGCAUGGGCCCGAUCGGAGUGAAGGCCCACCUGGCCCCCUUCCUGCCCAGCCACCCGGUGGUGGCCAUGCAGUCGGUGGACAGCAGCAGCUCGCUGGGCACCAUCAGCGCCGCCCCCUGGGGCUCCAGCGCCAUCCUGCCCAUCUCGUGGACCUACAUCAAGAUGAUGGGAUCCAAGGGGCUGGUUCACGCCACCGAGGUGGCGAUCCUCAACGCCAACUACAUGGCUAAGAGGCUGGAAGGCCACUAUAAAGUCCUCUUCAGAGGCAGGAAAGGUUUUGUGGCUCACGAGUUCAUUCUGGAUGUGAGGCCGUUCAAGAAGACGGCCAACAUCGAGGCUGUGGACGUGGCCAAGAGGCUGCAGGAUUACGGUUUCCACGCGCCCACCAUGUCCUGGCCGGUGGCCGGCACCCUCAUGAUCGAGCCCACGGAGUCGGAGGACAAGGCGGAGAUGGACCGCUUCUGCGACGCCCUCAUCGGUAUCCGACAGGAGAUCGCAGACAUCGAGGAGGGACGGAUGGACUCUCGCAUCAACCCUCUCAAGAUGUCCCCUCACUCGCUGGCCUGCAUCUCCUCCUCGAGCUGGGACAGACCUUACUCCAGGGAGUACGCCGCUUUCCCCUUGCCUUUCAUAAGGCCCGAGACCAAAUUCUGGCCGAGCAUCUCGAGGAUCGACGACAUCUACGGCGACCAGCACCUGGUGUGCACCUGCCCGCCCAUGGAGGCGUACGAGUCUCCGUACGAGGAGAAGAGGGCGUCCUCGUAAACACGUCUCCAGCUCUGUCCCAAAGUCCCGCUGCGCUCUAACCACCGGGGCGGGGGGGGCGGCGGCUGCCGGGUGCAAUAACACGAGCCGGGAGAAGCGUUUCCAAUCCACAGCCAGGCCGACGACCGCGACGGAGCCGGGGUUGUCGUCAUCUUGUUGUUUUUGUUGUCUUUUAGAGUUUAAAAAGCAUGAAGGAAAGCUGUCAGUGCGCACACACGAUGUCCCAGUGUCUCUUAGUCUAAAAAGAAGUGGACAUUCGGACAGAGCUUAGUACAACUAUUUAAAAGGACCAAAAGAUGCAGCUUUUUUUGCUUUUUCCUUUUCUACUAGAUGCCGCCGCCUCACCCCCGUAACCCCUCCUGUAAUACCGCCUUUCCAGCCAAGCGCGCGUCACCUCUCCACUCCCAACAUUUAUACACACAAUCCCCUUUGAGCCUCUUUCUCUCGUCCUUUCCUGUAAAAUCUCCCCCGAUUCUUGAUAAAUGUAGGAGUCGCUAGCACCCGGCAGGCUCUUGUUGAUGUUAUUUUAAAAUGUUUAAAUGUCUGCUGUAACAUUUGUUAGCCUAGUGAGUUGUCAUUUUAAGUGAAUUAUUUUCUAAUCUAAAAUAGUUUUUUUUUCUGUUGAGGAAAAAAAAAAGAUGCCUGUAUUAAACAUAUUUGUCUUAAA